AUGCGAUUUGUCGACGACGACCUCAAGGACGUGCCGGACGGCCAGCCCGGCGAGAUCCUGUUCACAGCGCCGACUGUUUUCAUGGGCUAUAAGAAGAACCCGGCGGCCAACGCCGAGGCCUUCCCCUUCAACGACGGCUGGCUGCGCACGGGCGACGUCGGCCGUAUCGACGCCGACGGCUACGUCUGGCUCACAGACCGCAAAAAGGACCUGAUCAAGUACAAGGGCAACCAGGUCACGCCGGCGGAGCUUGAAAACGUCCUGCACUCUCACCCGCUCGUCACCGAAGCCGGCGUCUGCGGCGCCUGGGACGCCGUCCAAGAGACCGAAGUGCCCGUGGGUUAUGUUAACUUUAAGCCCACUGUAUCUGUCGCCGACCGCCCGCGCGUUCUGCAGGACGUUUUGGCGUUUGCCAACAGCAAGGUGGCGCGGACCAAGAAGCUGCGCGGUGGCCUAUUUUAUCUUGAGACAUUCCCGCGCAACGCUACGGGCAAGUUGAUGCGGCGCAGCUUGCCAGCACGUCUCCAGGCCACGCGCAAUGCGAAGCUGUAG